AUGGAGGGAGAUUUCAAUACUACUAGGUUUCCUAGCGAAAGAUCUGGAGUUGGUAGUGUGUCUGCCAUGAGGGACUUUUGUGAUUUCAUCUCUGACCAGGGUCUGAUGGAUUUUCCUCUUGCUGGAGGUUCUUAUACGUGGUCGAUUUCCGAUGAUCCUCCUGUUUGGUCCAGAAUUGAUCGUUUUCUUGUCUCUCCUGAUUGGGAAGAUAGGUUUCCUGAGGCGUCUCAGAAGAGGCUUCCCCGCCUUUUCUCUGACCAUUUUCCUAUUCUCCUGGAAUGUGCUCACUCUUCUGCAAGAAGUAGGCCGUUCAAGUUUGAGAAUAUGUGGCUCAAGGUGGAUGGUUUUGUGGGGUUGGUGAAACAGUGGUGGGACUCAUUCUCUUUUCAUGGCUCUCCUAGCUUUGUGCUUGCAUGUAAAUUAAAGGCUCUCAAGUCGAAUUUGAAGACGUGGAAUGUGGAGGCCUUUGGUAAUGUGGAGAGGAACAAGAGAAAGCUUCUUGAGGAGCUUCAGGCGAUUGAUAUAGUGGAAGGAAGUAGGGCUUUGGUUGAGGGGGAGAUUCAAAAGAAGCUGGAGGUCGUCAAUUCCAUUUCUUCUAAUCCGGCAGAGAUAGGGGAGCAUGUGGUUCAGUUCUAUCAAGAUCUCUUCUCGGAGAAGCAUAGUUGGAGGCCUCGGUUGGAUGAUCUUUCCUUUGAUGCCAUCUUAGAGUCAGAAGCAAGCUCCGCCAAGAUUCGGGCUUUGCGAGUUCUCUUGCUCUUAUUCGAGGCUGUGUCGGGGCUUAAGGUUAAUUUGGCAAAAUCCAGCAUUAUUCCAGUGGGAAAUGUCGAUAAUGUGGAAUAUACAUUUCAAAUGAAGAUGCGAGAAACAUUUAGGACUGCCAUUGAAGUGAAAGAUAGGAAACAAUACUGGAAAUUUGAGAGCUUUGUGCAGAUCUGA